AUGAUGGGACUCGCAGACUCUCUGCGCGAGCGCGAGUGGCUCAAGCGGCCCAAAACUACUUUCCGCAUCUUGUUGUCCGCCUUCCUCUUUGCUCUUCUCCCAUCUUUUAUCCAACGACGCCUUCGACCAGGCGAGUUCAAGCCACGACGCAUAUCGCCGACCUCAUGGCUGGACGGCCUGCGUGGCGUAGCCGCUUUCACCGUUUACGUGAACCACUACACCGCGAUGAACUUUGUGCGGUUCCAACGCUCCUACGGCGACCAUGAACUCGUCGAAUGGUCGUCUCCGGUGCAGCUCCCGUUUGUUCGCGUCAUCUUCUGCGGCCUGCCUAUGGUGCACAUUUUCUUUGUGAUUUCGGGAUUUGCUCUCUCUUACAAGCCUCUGAGACUCAUGCGUGCACGAAAGUACCACGAGCUCCACGAAGCGUUGGCCAGCAGCAUCUUCCGGCGCGGUUUUCGUCUGUUCCUCCCGGUAAUGGCCUCUACGCUCUUCGUCAUGACCGUGUGCUACGUGGGCAUCACAAGCGGCGCUCUUCCGACCCUUGCCGAGAACAUUUGGGACUGGUGGAAAGCCAUCGGCCAGAUCACCGAUAGCUGGAGCUGGGAUGUGCUUUGGUAUCCCCGCUAUGAUGUCCACCUGUGGACGAUUGGCAUUGAGUUUUCGCACUCGAUGCUGUUGUUUGUCAUACUCAUGGGCACGAGCCGUAUGAGGACCCCCUUGCGUCUUGGCUUUUUGUUCGUGUUCGUCUACUACUGCAUGAGGUAUGGCCGCUGGGGUCCCGCGGAAUUUACUGCCGGCAUGAUUAUUGCCGAGUUUACCCUCAUCCAAAACGAAAAGAAUGCCAUGGUUGAGGGACCGUUACUUCCUCGGUCAAACUCCGCUUCUGUCAAACGCAUCAUCCUUGUCAUUUUCCUCCUUGUCAACCUCAUGUUUGCUCUCUUUGUGGCCGGCUGGCCCAAUGGCGACGUGACAGUUCAAACUGGAUUCUCAUUUCUCUACAGAAAUACCCCGGAUCCUUUUUGGUCGAUUGGUGGCAACGUCUUGAUAUUCCCCUGGUAUGCUCUGGGGGCUGUCCAGAUUGUCAUGGCAGCGCACCAAAUACAGCCAAUACAGAACCUUUUUGUUACGCCAAUAGCGCAAUACCUAGGCGACAUUAGUUUUUCUCUCUACUUGAUGCAUGGCCCGAUGCAAGGCAUUUUGGAGUGGCGUAUCUUGCCCACGGCUUGGGCUCUGGUUGACGGGACAAAAACGGCCGGGAUGUGGCAAACAACAAUAGCGUGGGCCAUUGGGUUCGCCAUGCUUGCGCCGUUCACACUCUGGAUUAGCGACAUCUUUUGGCGCUUUGUCGAUGUUCCCUCGGUUCGCUUUGCACGCUGGUUGGAGAGCCUGUGCAUCCACCAGGAACCAGCAAGUGGCUAUGAGCCAGCAGUAGGCUAUCCUCACAAAAUCAAGGACGAAGGCUCUCACCAGGCAGCUGCUUGA